AUGCAGAAGAAGCUGGAUGAAAAUCAACAGCAGAUGCUACAGUUGCAGGAACAAGGCCUCGAAAGACUAGCUAUCAUCCAAAAUCGAAUCCAAGCUGUCAUUGCCCAGACUUACGAGCUGCACGAGUACCCGAUCCCUAGAUUAUUUAUCGUCCUUCCAAAGCAUACAGGAUUUCCUAACAUGCUGAAAAAUUCACUUACAAAGACUCAGUUUCGCUUGUUCUUCCUGUGUGAGUGCGGUGACCACACGAAGGUCCCUGGGAGCAAUACUCCACAUCACAUCCAUCUGGCUAAGCACGAGGGGUAUGAUAUCGAACGGCCAAAUGAGUUCUUUGAGAAUUACGGAUCGUAUAUACUGAUAGUGCUUCAGCUGGUCAAAUACGGAACCCUUGGUACUAGCAUUGCCUUACCACUCCUUGCCACUGAUACUAUCUUCCAAUCACUUGGCAGAAAGAUUAAUAAGCUCAGUGAAAAGAAGGAUUUUAUAGGAGUGACAGGGGCCAGUAUUGAAUCGCUUAUAAAUGAAUCCAUCAGCUAUAUUCAGAACAAGCAGAAUACUGGUGGUGCAAUUGGUGAUAUCGAGGGCCAGACGGUGCUUGAGAAGGUUGAAGCGCUUGAAGGAGCAGACCUACGGCGGCUUCAAUCAUUUUUGCGGGUCCAGGAUCAGAGUCGCACACUUGGUGACCUGUAUCGCAUUGUCACCCUCGAGGGUCACGUUAAGUGGGUGUGCUUCGAUCAUUAUCGAGAGAACUACAAAGAAUCAGCGGUGCAGCGGCUCAAGGAGGUUGUUGCAGCUAACGAAGGCGACUAUGAUGAAAAGCAUGGCAGCAUCAAGGUUUGUCUCAAAUCUCGGUUCCAGGCAAAGCAGUUUUAUGACGCAAUGGUCCAAGCACGCGGUAUCCAUGAACUUUCUAUCCAAUUUGGGUGGAGAGCAACAGAAGGCGAUGUUGCCGAUUUUGCUACAGCUACUACCGAAUCGAACCUUGUUGGCGUUAGUUUAAAAGAUAAGCCUAUUAGUCAAAGAGAAUCGCGGAUUUCGUUCUGGCUGGAUUCGGGGUCACGGUACAAUCCGCUGGCUUGGCUGAUGAGUAAUAAGCGUGUUCGAUCGAUGAAAAUCGAAGCAAUAGAGGAUUUUUUCCUCAUGAGCGAUUUUGUUUUCAAAGAGGCACCGGAACUUAGGUCUCUUGACAUAGUCAAAAUCAACAUCAGCCCUUGCUACUACAGACGAACUCUCAGACAGCUCCUGAUUCACUGCCCCAACCUUGUAAAGCUAACGCUCGGAACCAUUGAUAAUAUCUUAACACUUAAUAACCUAUUAUAUGAUACUUUACCGCUGCUCCAAACACUGAAGUCAUUGGAGCUUCAGUACGAGUCAGGAGUUCUACGUAACAAAUACUUAAGAGGCACUACCCUGGAAUCAAGCAUGGAAUUCUAUCAUCCGAUGAGGAUAUGUGAGGAUGACGUAGUUAUUCUUUCGGAGAAGCGUAAAGGGCUACAUUCAUAUUUAUUGAACAUCAUGUCCAACGAUCCGAAGCUCACAACCAUGUUAUUAACUAACGUCUACGACUACCAUAAAGUUAUCGAAAGGGUUAUUACAGCUCGAAAAAAGAUGAUAUCACUCAAGGGAUCUUGUGCGCUGGAAACACUUAUGAUAAAACACAGGGGUGAAUCCUCUGAAUUUACCAUUGCUGUCGUCAGGUGCCUUGAUGCAUUCGAUUCAGAAAGCCUAAAAAUCGAUAUGAACCUUACAGGGUGGACGAAAUUGAGUACCGAGCCAAUACAUCAUAUGCUCAAAUGUCAAGGAUCGCUAAUCAAAAAGCUCAACAUAGGAUCCGAAUUCGAUGAUAGUAUGGCGGUGGCACUGGAUAAGUCGACUAGAACUAACGGAUCUAAGCUUUCAACCCUGGAUAUCAACUGUGGAUCAUUAACGCCAGUCGGUCGUGCGGGCUUGGCCUGCAUUAUUCAAAGGUCACCGAGUAUUGUAGAGUUGAAGUUGUACACCGGGCCUUCGAAGGACACAAUAGAACAGGGAGAGUUGAGCUGUGGAGGGAGCGUCAAACAAUUAAUGCAAAUAGUCAAGUGGGUACAAGAGCGACAGGAUCUACCGAAUCUACAGAAGUUGUGGGUCGAUAAUUAUGGGGAAUCUAUAUCCUCGUUCCUUCAAUGGACUGUCAAGAUGGUUGCAGCCCCAGCAGCAUCUGAACACAGGGUUAAGCCUCUCAGGAGAUUCAUUUGGACUUUAGGGAUCUUCAGCCUGAAGAAUGGAUAA